AUGCCCAUGAACAGAAUGUUUAAAUUUUGUGGAUUAUUUGGAAUUAUAUUUUUCUCAUAUUUUGAAAGUGUACCCGGUCAGUGCGAGUUUCCCAGCCAGUUUCAGAACUCUGUAUGGCUGGAUAGCGAUAAAGGAGAGCUGCAAUUUACCGCCAACACUAUGGCAGGAUGGGAGUUAAGAACAAAACUAAAUGCCUUGGACUCAAUAGUUGAACCCAAUUGGGAAUGUUUUCAUACCGAAUCUGACACCGACUCAACAUAUAUUUUGCUAAAAACGCCGGCGGCCAUCAGAUUAUUUGACGUUGAGUAUGACACAUAUCUGUGUAUGCAGAUGAAGAAAAUAUCUACGUUCUCCUAUUACUACUACCUUUUAUGGGCCCAACAAGACAUUGCUAACCAAGAGAGAAUUACUAUAAAGCAGCCAGGUACCAGUAUCAAUGACCCGAAAGCUGAGUUGUGCCUCGCGACAUCACAGACACAAGUUUAUCCGAGCGAAAAUGAAUACCACAUUUUACUUAAGCAAGGAAACGAAGCAGACGCCAUACAAGAUUGUCCUACCACAUUUUACGGGCAAUACAACUAUUCUGUGACCGAUACGUCAGGACCGGUAACGUGUGACUCCGGCACGGGCGACUGGGACGUGUGUACAGACUACCAAAGAAUGACAUUCAACUACACCUCCUGUAACACAAAGAUUGCAUCUUCGGCAAAUGGAAGCGUUGCUUGCGUAUUCAGCAUGACAAGCGGCUCAAACACCCUGGUCACUGUCUACAACGAGGACGCGUCUGUUGUGGCUGGUUAUGAGAGAUUUACGUGCUUUAUAUCUUCUAUCAGCUCGGAUGGUAGUCUUGAGUUGUCACAGUCUCCAGGAAGCUGUCCAAAAGAUCAAAUCCCAACGAGCGUGCCUAGCCUUGCAAACGGAACAGGGGUAGGACUGCAAAUGAGUUUGACGCCUAAAGAUUAA